AAAGUCCUCAGGAGUCACGAGGUUAGCGCAGGAUCUGUUUUUUCAUGCCUGGUUUUGCUGACUACAGAGUUACUUAGUCAACGAUAAUAAUCAGAAUAAAAGUCCUCUCCUAAAGUUAGACUAGUUUUAUGUUAAUCUAUGGCAAGGAAAAGCAAGUCAAAUCUGCCAGAACUGUAUCUAGAAGAAAACAAAGAUCAGAUAUAUGAAAAUGCCCUUGCUGAGAUCCAGUCCUUUGAGCUGCCUCUUGGAACCACCCUAAGGUCUGUAUAUGAUGACCAACCAAACGCACAUCAGAGGUUUAUGGAAAAACUAGAUGCCUGCAUACGUAACCAUGACAGGGAGAUAGAAAAGAUGUGCAAUUUUCACCAUCAGGGCUUUGUGGAUGCUAUUACAGAACUUCUUAAAGUUAGGGCUGAUGCAGAAAAAUUGAAGGUCCAAGUUACUGAUACCAACCGAAGGCUUCAGGAUGCUGGGAAAGAGGUGAUAGCCCAAACAGAGGAAAUCAUCCGAUGUAGAGUUCAGCAACGGAAUAUUACAACAGUUGUGGAAAAACUACAGUUGUGUCUUCCAGUGCUGGAAAUGUACAGCAAACUGAAAGAACAGAUGAAUGUAAAAAGAUACUAUUCUGCUUUAAAAACAAUGGAACAGCUAGAAAAUCUAUAUCUUCCUAGAGUUAGCCAAUACCGUUUUUGCCAGAUAAUGAUAGAAAAUCUUCCAAAACUGCGUGAAGAAAUAAAAGAAAUAUCCAUGUCAGAUCUCAAGGAUUUCUUAGAGAGUAUUCGAAAGCAUUCUGACAGAAUUGGGGAAACUGCCAUGAAGCAGGCACAGCAGCAGAAAACCUUUAGUACCGCUCUUAAAAAAAAUGUAAACUAUGGUCGGAAUAUGCAUUUAGGUAGAAGCAGAAUUUUGGAAUCCAAGAACGAAAUUACAUUGAAGCGAACGUUUGAAGAAGAUGAUGAACAUGAAGAAGAGGUUUUAACUGCUCAAGAUCUUGUAGACUUUUCUCCAGUCUAUAGGUGUUUGCACAUCUACUCAGUUUUGGGUGAUGGAGAAAUAUUUGAAAAUUACUACAGAAAACAAAGAAGGAAACAAGCAAGAUUAGUUCUGCAGCCACAGUCAAGCAUGCAUGAAACAGUAGAAGGCUAUAGAAGAUACUUCAGUCAAAUUGUAGGUUUCUUUGUAGUAGAAGACCACAUUUUACAUGUAACCCAAGGACUGGUAACUAGAACAUAUACUGAUGAACUCUGGAACAUGGCCCUUUCCAAGAUCAUUGCUGUUCUAAGAACACAUUCAUCAUAUUGCAGUGAUCCCGACCUUGUUCUGGAACUGAAGAAUCUCAUUGUAGUAUUUGCUGAUACUUUGCAGGGCUAUGGUUUUCCUGUGAACCGACUAUUUGAUCUUUUAUUUGAGAUAAGAGACCAGUACAAUGAAACACUUCUUAAAAAGUGGUCUGGACUGUUCAGGGAUAUUUUUGAAGCGGACAACUACAGCCCUAUUCCUGUAGCAAAUGAAGAGGAAUACAAAAUAGUUAUAAGCAAAUUUCCUUUUCAAGAUCCAGAACUUGAUAAGCAAUCCUUUCCAAAGAAGCUUCCAAUGUCUCAGUCAGUGCCUCAGAUUUAUAUCCAGGUUAAGGAAUUUAUUUAUGCAAGCCUUAAGUUUUCAGAGUCACUUCAUCGCAGCUCAACAGAAAUAGAUGAUAUGCUCAGAAAAUCUACAAAUUUGCUGCUUACAAGAACUCUAAGUAGUUGUUUACAGAACCUAAUUAAAAAACCUCAUAUAGGUUUAACCGAGCUUGUUCAAAUCAUCAUAAACACAACACACCUGGAACAAGCCUGUAAAUACCUUGAGGAUUUUAUAUCUAACAUUACAAAUAUUUCACAAGUGACUGUUCACACUGCAAGACUUUAUGGACUUUCUACAUUUAAGGAUGCAAGGCAUGCUGCAGAAGGAGAAAUAUACACAAAACUUAACCAAAAAAUAGAUGAAUUUAUUCAGAUUGCUGAUUAUGAUUGGACAAUGUCUGAAUCAGAUGGAAGAGCCAGUGGAUACUUAAUGGACCUUAUUAACUUUUUAAGAAGCACGUUUCAAGUUUUUACUCAUUUACCUAAUAACAACAAUGACCAUGCAGCUAUGUCGGGGAAAGUGGCCCAGACAGCUUGCAUGUCAGCCUGCCAGCAUCUUUCGACGUCCCUAAUGCAGAUGCUACUGGACAGUGAAUUAAAACAAAUAAGCAUGGGAGCAAUUCAGCAGUUUAAUUUAGAUGUGAUACAGUGUGAAUUGUUUGCUAGUUCUGAGCCUGUGCCAGGAUUCCAGGGAGACACCCUGCAGUUAGCUUUCAUCGACCUCAGACAAGAAAUGUUUAGAGUGACCAAGAUUUGUCUUUGUCCAGUUCUGAUUCUGGUCCUUCAUGUUUUAGUUCCAAUCUAUUGGUGUUAUAAUUUUGGGGAUGAGCAUUACUGGAGAUCUGUGACGUUUUAUCAGACUGAGAAGUUUGAAGUUCACAGAGGAAUGAAAGACUCUAGCAAAAAGAACAACAUUUUUGCUCAGUUCAGGAAGAAUGACCGUGACAAGCAGAAGCUAAUAGAGACUGUAGUAAAGCAACUUAGGAGUUUAGUGAACGGUAUGUCCCAGCACACAUAGGCCUCUUGAAUCGACGGUAUCUCAUCGCGCCGAGAGGUAUUUCUUAGCCACUAUUUCUACUAAGCAAACAGUGAUAUCAGUUAGGACAUUCGUUUGACCGAGUAAAGGAAAAAUGCAGUAGAUGGCUUGUACGGGGAGUCUUCAGCAAACAAUUCUUUGUACGUAUUUUUAAUGGAUCGAAUACUAUUUUGUAUAUUGUAAACAAAUGGUGAAAAAUGAGACUGUACAAUAAAAACCAGCUCAAUCGUAUUGUACAUGGAACAGCUGAACUGUAAAUACGUUAUUUAAAUAUCUGCAGACACGGUGUCCAAAAUUUUGCUCCGGGUAGGAAUUAUUUGAGAAAUGAUCCCUUAGUUGCUGUUUUCUGGGUGAACUCUAAUUUAAUGUUUUCUAAGCAUUGAGAUACUUGCGUUUCAGAUGCAACCUAUCGUUUUCCUGCAUUAAAUGUAUAUUAGCCUUAAAGUGACUGGACAUAAUUUUGUAUACCAGAUUUUGUAGUCUGGAGGCAUGAAAAAAUCUUCUGAUUUUUAAUGCCUUUGAAAACUACCUGAGAACUAGACUUGAUACUUAUUUAGCGUUAGGGCUUAUAGGCUUUGUUCUCCAAAAGGGUUUAAUCUUGAGGUUGUGAGUGUAAAUAACCAUUUUUCUUUAUAAUGUGAUAUUUUGUUUUGCUUUGGUUUUGUUCCUCAGGGUUACUAUUUCUAACUGUACUUUUGUAAGAUCCCGGGUUCUUUCCCCCAGGUUGCAGCAAGGAGUAGAUUUGCCACUGUUGGUUUCGUGCCGCAUCUGUUUGUCAGUAUGCGCUUUCUUUCCACCACCAGACCCAUCCCAGCGACCAGCAUUUCGUCCCACCGCCAGUCUCUUUGCACUGUCCCCUCCUGGCUAUUUUAGACACAAAGAGAAUGUUUAACAAAUACAAACCAAAUGGAACAUGUAAAAAUAAUGUACAUUUUCGCUGUAUUUUUAAGUUAUUGACGGUCUAAAUACAGUAAUAUAAACCUCA